GUUGCUAUGGUGAUGUCAAUCAUGUUGGCUCCUCCUCCUCUGAUCUUUCUCCUCAUGAUUCACGGAGUUCAUAGUGCUGAUAAUGUGUGGGGUGUGAAUUACAGCUCUCCAUACAUCUGUGCAUUAAAGGGUUCAACAGUGAUAAUAAACUGCACUUAUGAAUAUCCUACUGAAAAUCAGAUCACAAAAGUGUUCUGGACCAAAACUGACAAAACACAUAAUGUAGAUCCUCCAGAUCUGUUUAAUGACUCUGAAUACAGUCAGAGGAUUCAGUAUCUGGGAAAUAAACAACACGACUGCACCAUCAGACUGACUGAUGUGAGACAGACAGAUUCACACAAAUACUAUUUCAGAUUCAUCACUGAUAAACCUGAUGGCAAAUGGACUGGUGUUCCUGGAGUGACUCUUGAUAUUACAGAUCUUCAGGUGAAGUCUUCAGGUGAGAAAGUGAUGAAUGGACAUUCAGUGACUCUUACAUGUAAAAGCAGAUGCAGUCUGACUGAUAGAUCAACAUUCAUCUGGUUUAAAAACACACAGUCAUUAAGUCAGAGAACAAACAGAAACAAUGAACUCAUCCUGCAAUCAGUAACAAGAGAGGAUUCAGGCAACUAUAGCUGUGCUGUACAAGGACACAAUCUCACAUCACCUCAUCACUAUAUCAAUGUCAUCUAUCCUCCAGAAGAGACUCGUGUGCUGGUGAAUCCAUCUGGUGAAAUAAUGGAGGGUGAUUCAGUGAAUCUGACCUGCAGCAGUGAAUCAAAUCCACCUGUUCAGAUCUACAGCUGGUUUAAGGUGAAUGAAACAUCAUCUGUUGGAUCUGGACAGACGUACAGCAUCACUAACAUUAACUCCAGUCACAGUGGAUUGUUUUACUGUGAAGCUCAGAAUGAAGUCGGAUCUCAAAGAUCUGCUAAUGUAUCAGUCAAUGUUAAAGGAGGAAAAGACUCAGUCCUGUAUGUGGAUGCUGGAGUCUCAGCUGGAUGUGGAGGUUUCGUUUUGAUUCUCUUCAUUGUGUUUGUGUGGAAGUGCAAGCACAGACCUGAUGACAUCAGACAAAAUCAGGAUAAUAUGUCUUCAUCAGGAGUCUCAGCUCCUAAAUUCAGACAUGCUGAAGAGAUCCUGUAUUCAACUGUCCAACACAUCAAAGACAUCAAGACUGAAAACGAUGAGAUGUUGCUGGAGAGAUCUGCUGUUCAUAUAAUGGAGGAUGAAUCAGUGCUUUACAGUACAGUCAAGUGAUCCAUCAGUGGACCUUAGCCAGGACCUUAAGGGGGGUGGGGGUUAAAUCUAUUUCAUGCAUUCUGACUUAUUAACACUGUUUAAGAGUUGGACUCCUCAUUGCUAAACAUAGGCAAAGUGUCAAAAAGAUCUUAUGAUUAUAUCUGUGCCGAAUGCACUUUAACAGGGUUAAAACCUUCUUUUUUUUUGAACGAUACAUGUGGAACAAUCUUGCUUUAUUUCUUUUGUGGCCAGUGGAAGGAGUACAGUGAAACUCCCUAUAUGGGCACUUUAAGAAGUGUGUUGUUGUUUGUAAGGGUAAUGUAAGCUUGUUCAUCUCCCCAAAGAACCCAGCAUUAUGGCAACAAUUGAUAUAGUUAGCAGCUAAGUUGUGCAUGUGUUUGUUUAACACUGGAUUUCUUUGAAAUGGGGCAGUUCCAACCAUGUCAUGAUUUGCAGGCAAAGUUAAAACUGUAUCAAAUGUCUGUUUUGUUGCAGAGAUGGGGACUCGAGUUUGAGACUCGGACUCGAGUGCGACUUAAGUCGCACACACAGUGACUUGAGACUCGACCCUCAAAGACUUCAGACUCGACUCGGACUCGAGCCGCGCGACUCGUGAACAAUGUUUAUUUUUAGGAAACGUCUGAUGAGCUCGCUGUCAUAGCCCCCUUCGUUACCUACAACCUGCCCACGACGUAACACGUGACGUAUCUGCUCCGCGCGCACGGCCGCGAACAUAUGUCGACUGUAC